CGACAACCUCAGUCUGUAGCAAGCUUCAGAGAAAACUACUGUUGACCCACAGAUUUUCUCUCUGAAAUUCUUCCAUUUAAGCCUGUCACAGAAUACUUUAGCAGUGUUGAUAGCAUUUAUCUGAAGGCUGUUAGCCGAGCAUCUGAAUCACGUUCUAUAAUUCGCUGAAAAAAAAUUAUAUAUAUUACAAAAAUGGAGAUAGAAGAUGGAUGCUUUGGUGGUUUUCUAAGCUUUGCAGAGCUGGAGAGAUAUUUCAUCCAUGACUACGAUCUGGAUGCAUUCAGGGACAUCAAACCAUUCCAAAUACCCAAGUCCAAAGAUUGUGAAAGGUACAGUGACCUACCGACUAACGGCUUCCUAAACUGGGCAGCAUGCCCACAGCCACCUCGUUAUGCCGAGAUGCCCCCUCCUCUCCAGCGCAUACAGACAAACAAUGCGGAAGAGGUUGUCUUUUUCAACGUGCAGAAGUGUUACGAAAAGGUCCAGUGCCGAAAGAACAAGAAAUCGAAACAGCGUGUCCAAGGGGCCACAAUCAAUUUACGAGUCACGACCGAUACACCCAUCUCUAAAGUAGAAGUGUACGUAGAGAGGCUACCAAAGGCUGCUGUUCUCUGCGGAGACAGCAAUGGUAGAGUCCCACUCAAACUUAAGAUGGAGAAUCUCAUGUAUUCUGAUAACUACCAGAGACAGGAUCAAUACUUCUCUGUUGACUUGGACUCUGUGUAUCAUAAUCCAAUCACCGGUUCUCCAGUAUACAAGCUGUCCACAGUGGACUCGGAAAGACGCAACCGCUUUUGGCUGUUAGCUUACAUUGUCUACGCCAAUGGACGUAAGAGUCAACCAUUUUACAGCGAACCCUUUUUGCUUAAAAGUAAGAGAAGCUGUAAGGCCUCUCCUUAUUAACACAUUCUUAAUUCUGACCUCCAUGAAAAACUGAUACAAGAAGGGUGGAACUCAGAAAGUUCAAUUCAAAGUUCUAAUCUUUUUCUUCUUUGUACAUUCUUUUCCUUCUUGGUUCAUAGUUGCCUCUUGCUUUGUACUUGCCUCUUUCUUACUGAGUUGAUAUUUUCCAGCCUACUUUACGUUCAAAGAUAGUCAAAUAAUCAUAGUGCCAUAGCUCCCUUAAAGAAAACUUUAUAUUAAUAAAAAGAUGGUGUAUCAAUUUGUUUAAAAUGGUCUUGAAAAGAUCAUGGAUUUACUUUAACCGUGACGCAAAUUAUACAUGAAGAACGAUACACCUAUUUGUUUUUCGGUUCAUCACUUACUAGUGCGAUUUUUGAAAUGUUAGUUGCCUGAGUAAUUGUGUAAAAAGAUGUAAAUAUAUCGAAACAAUUUCUUUCCAUGAAGCUCUCUCCAACAAAAGCUACAAAACUCAAACAGUGAAAUGUUUGAAUCCACGAGACCUUAAGCUUGAGUAGAAUUGUGGUUGUACAAGUUCUGAUUUGCGUCAAGAAAGCAAAAAACGCUAUAAAUUUUAAGCUUGGUUGACCGUAAGCGUGGGACAAAGAAAUAAUAUUUUCUACGUCUAAUUUUCAAGGGAAAAAAAGCUACAGAACCGUUUGUGGCACUAACAUGCGUCUAGAUUGAAUAUUUCUUUGAUUCCUGUGAGAAUACCAUACGUGUAAAUAUUACUGCCAUCUGUGCUACUAAAGUACUGAGUUGUUGUAACCUUCUUGGUUACCUUUUAUUACAUUGACGAUGGUGUUUUCUGAAACAAGACUGAAAGAUUAACACACUAGAAGUGUCAUUCACCGUCAUUAAAAGAUGUUUUAAUGAUACGAGAAAAGAUAAGUUGAAUUGUAUCAAUUUAAAAGGUUUAACUAGUGAUAUUUCAUAAAUAAAGUAGUAACAGAGAAACAUUUGAAUAAAUAAAACAACAACAGUAACAA